CGCUUACUUUUUAACCACAUCUUCCCAGAAUGUGUGAAAUAAUCAAAUGACUUUUUUUUCGAGUGGAAUCGCCGACGUCUUCAAGCAGCUAUAACUGGUUUCGCAGCUGCGAGUUUCACAACCCCAUGGUGGAUUUGUUCUGCAAAGAUGACGAGUUUUGGCACCAAAGCAGCCUUUUCAAUCCCCAAAACCAAUCUUUUCCAGCUCCAAGUUGCUCUCUUUCACUCCUCUCCUGUUCUUGAACGCAAAAGACGCAAUUUUUGUGAUGCUAGUCAUAGAUCCAGAAAUAGAUCCAACAAUUAUUCUAGGAGGUCCAGGAGGUUAAAUGCAAAUGAAGCGUUACUGCGUAAUAUCGGUGCUUAUGCAGACCACCUAUUUCAGAGUUAUAGAUACAACAAUUAUUCUAGGAGUUCCAGUAGGUUAAAUGCAAAGGAAGCGUUACUGCAUAAUAUCAGUUCUUAUGCAGAUCACCUAUUUCAGAGUUGGCAUGAUGGUUUUGAUGAGGAAGAUCCAUCUUCAAGUAGCGGCCCCUCAUGGUUUAGACAACAAUACUCUAAGGGAUCAAGAAAGGACAUGAAUGACAAUCGGAGAACCACUAGUUGGGGUAAAAAAGGUUUCCACUUUUGUGAAGAAGAUAAUGCUGAUGUUGACAACAUCUUCCGAUCUACAUUUGGUGGGAAUCGAUACUUUUACUGGUCCUUCGUCAGUGAUGAGAAUCCCCAAUGGAAGAACUCAUCUGACUACCACUCUUAUAGCUAUGGGAAGAAUUGGAGAUAUCGGGUUGAAGAGGAUUAUGAUUGCUCAUCAGAAUCUGAUUCCGACGAUUUGGAGUCAAAUUUUGCCUCGGAUAGGCUUGCUCUUGGACUGAGAACUUAUGGUCCCCUAAAACUUGAAGAUGUCAAAAAUGCAUAUCGAUCAUGUGCAUUGAAAUGGCAUCCAGAUCGUCACCAGGGCUCGUCAAAGGCUGUUGCAGAGGAAAAGUUCAAACUGUGCAGUGCAGCAUAUCAAUCUUUAUGUGAUAAGUUGACUACAGCUUGAAGAUUGUUCUCAGCUUCUGUAGCCCAAACUACAUCCAAUCAAGUGGCUGCAGUUUCCAAGGGAAUGCCGAUAGAUAGUGUUAUGUACUUUUGAACAAUUUUUUAUUGAAUUUUGCGACCGAUAAAAUUGCAAGAGAUGGUAAUGGAUUUUAUGUAAUUGGACCCGUGUAGGUGCACAAUGCAAUAACCGUCUAGUGAUGGCAACAAAUUGUUCAAUGUAUUAUUAUAAAUUCCCAAUUUUUAAAUUUAGAUUUUAGAA